CGGAACUUUGACUUUGUUGAGUUCUUUACACCAGUCUCUACAGCAUCGCGUCUUCCGGCGCUUCCUUCCCUUCGAGAAAUAAUUCGGAUCUACAAUCUCAGAGCACAGAAACAAUUGUCGCAAAAUUUCCUCCUUCAACCCUCUUCCAUAAAUAGUCUUGUGGGCUGCGCCGGCAGUCUUCUUGAUGCCUGUGUUCUCGAGGUCGGUCCUGGACCUGGUGGGCUCACCCGAGCCAUCCUGCGUCAAAGGCCUCGGCACCUUGUUGUCGUGGAACUUGAUCGGAGAUUCAUUCCCUUAUUAGAAGAACUGCGUCUCUCAGCUUGCGAAAUGGGUGUAAAGAUGGACAUUUAUCGUGGAGAUAUUCUAAAGGUGAAUACCGGGGACAUAUUUAGUGUGACAAGCAUACACCAGUCUGAGACUUGGGGUUCUGCGGUUAAUAAUGUGAUAUCAAAGUUGAAUGGAGUAUCAACAGCUGUAGUCGAAGCCGGCAUGGAGCGUCCACCGCGUGUUCGCAUUAUCGGUAAUCUACCAUUUAGCACUUCAACAGCUUUGCUUAUUUCAUGGCUGGACAACAUUGCUAAUCACCGCCAGAUUUGGCGCCUUGGGCGGGUGCCCAUGACGCUCACCUUUCAGAAGGAAGUUUGCGAACGUCUCGUGGCCGACGUCUGGGAUGAGCAGCGGUCUCGGCUCUCUGUGAUGGCUCAGGCUUUUUGUGAGGUGCAAUUCCUAAAGGUAAUUCCUGGUUCAGCGUUUGUUCCUCAGCCCAAAGUGGAUGCGGGUGUAGUACGGUUGAUCCCUCUCUCGCAGCCACUCAUCUCUGCUCCCUUCCCCUACGUUGAAAAAUUGGUUCGUCAUGCCUUUCAGUUCAGGCAAAAACUAAUUGUUAGGUGUCUGGAGAGUCUCUUUCCACCGGAGCGACCAGACCUUGUUAUUCGGCUGUUCAAGGAAGCUGCAGUACAACCAAUGAAACGUCCCAUCCAGUUAAGCAACUUGGAAUUCCGUGAUCUCUGUGAGGUGUAUGCUAGAAUAUGUGCAUCAAAUGAGGGUGUCUUUGGCUACGAGUUUCGCAAGCCAGAGAAUCUGCCUCACUGGCAUUCCAGGAAGGAUACACAGAGAAGAAUUCUUGGAAGCGCAAUCACUGCUGAAGUUGUCCGGAAGGAAAUGUAUUCCUGA